AUGAUUUCAAAGACUUCAUUAUUAUUAUUAUUAUUAAGCAUUGUUGCACUCGCAUCAGCAAUCAGUGUCCAACGUGUCCCAAUUGCUGAUGUCACUUCUGCACCAGCUCAUUUUGUUCAAAAUAAAUUAGCCAAAUCAUAUGAAUUAGUUCAAUUCAAAAUUUUAUUAAAACAAAGAAAUUUAGAUAUUUUAGAAGAGAAAUUCUGGGAUGUUUCAUCACCAAAAUCAGAAAACUAUGGUAAAUUUUUAUCAAAAGAAGAAAUUGAUUCAAUUGUUGCACCAUCACCAAAAGAUGUUAAAGUUGUUGUUAAUUGGUUAAUUGACAAUGGUUUAUCAAAGAAUGAAAUGAUCGUUCACUCUGAUUUCAUCCAAGUUAGAACCAAUGUUGGUAAAGCUUCAACUUUAUUCGAAACUUCAUUUGCUCACUACUCAUCAAGCCGUACUGCUCUUAAGAGAAUUAGAGUUGUAGGUCAAGCAUCUAUGCCAAUGCAUGUUUUAGCAAAAGUUGAUUUAGUUUUAGGUUUAUCAGAUUUCAUUGAAGAUAACAAAAUGAGUGAAUCAAUGAGAGCCACCAAGAAGCAAGUUCAAGGUUCAACCGUUUCAAUCACUCCAGCAGUCAUUAAACAAUACUAUGGUAUCCCAACCGGUCAAAUUGGUGUUGAAUCAGAAAACUUCCAAUCAAUUGCUGCCUUCUCUGAUUUCUAUUCAUCAGGUGCCUUACAAUUCUUUGAUCAAAAAUUCGGUAUUGAUUCAUCAACUGUUAGAGUUAAAAAUGUUGGUCAAAACUGUAUUGCCCAAAACUGUGAUCAAAUGGAAUCUGAUCUCGACGUUCAAUAUAUGACUGCCAUCGGUAACAAUAUCACCACUCUCUUCCUUUCAUCAGGUAAUGGUGAAUGGAUCAUUGAUUGGGCUACUGCCAUCCAACAAUACAACCCAAUUCCAAAGAUUGCUUCAAUCUCAUACGGUUGGGCUGAAGUUGAACAAUGUGAAAUUACAAACAGCUGUUCUACUCUUGGUAUUGACUCUGUUGUCUACGUUGCUCGUUCAAAUGUUGAACUCCAAAAAGUCGGUUUACGUGGUGUUUCAGUCUUUGUUUCAUCUGGUGAUGAUGGUGCACCAAGUUUUGGUGCUGCCUCUGGUAACUGUCCAAUCGAUGGUACCAAACAAUACUGCCCAUUAGGUGGAUGUAACCAUAAAUCUUCUCAAUGUCCAAUGAUUACCAUCAUGGAAAGCAACGGUACUCAAUGUUUCUUCCCAAUGGGUUCAGAAAGUAACACUUGUCAAUCUAUGUUACAAAACCAAAAUAUCGUCAAUGGUAUCAAUGAAUUUGUUAGCUCAAACUCUAAAUGUCAAGUCGCCCUCGAACAAGAUACUCAACAAAACUACCACAUCUACUCUAGCUGUACUUGUGACAAAUUAAAACCAUACUCUGAUAGUGAUGCUGGUUUCAAGAUCGUUGGUUACUCUUAUGAUCAAGAUGCUGGUACCCUCUUCCAACCAGAUUAUCCAGCUUCAUCACCAUUCAUCACCUCUGUUGGUGCCACUCAAAUCACUGAUGUUACCAAACCAGAAAUUGUUUGUUCAGUCGCAACUGGCGCCAUCAUUACUGGUGGAGGUGGUGUUGCUAUCACUCAAGCUCAACCAUCAUACCAAGCUGAUGCCGUUGCCACUUACAUCAAAAGUGGUACUCUCCCACCAUCAUAUUCAUACAAUGCCACCAAUAGAUUCUAUCCAGAUCUUACUCUUGUUGGUCAUGCUUAUGAAAUCGCCGUUCCAAACACUCUCACCUCAAAUACCUGUCCAUGCGCCUUAGAAAGUGUUGAUGGUACCUCAUGUUCAUCACCAACUCUUGCUGGUAUGAUCUCUUUAAUUAAUGAUAAAUUAAUUGGUGCUGGUAAACCAACCCUCGGUUUCUUAAAUCCAUUAUUAUACCAAGCUGCCAAAGAACAACCAAACGUUUUCAAUGAUAUUACCACUGGUGCAAACAACUGUAACAGAGCUUACUGUUGUCAAUAUGGUUACACCGCUACCACUGGUUAUGAUGCUGCCUCAGGUUUAGGUUCAAUUAACUUUAAGAACUUUGAACAAUACGUUUUAAGUUUAAACUAA